AUGUGCUGGAUCUCCAAGUCCUUUGUGUUCCAGGUCCUCGCUCCGGCCACCCUUCGCUCCUCUCCCAACACCAUGUGCUCCACUGGAUGCUGUUCCACGGGUUGCUGCUCUGUCGUGAAGAGCAAGACCGUGUGCUGCACCCCGUGCAAGACAGUGUGCUGCAGCCCCUGCAAGACUGUCUGCUGCAGCCCCUGCAAGACCACUGUGUGCUGUGACCCGUGCCAGAAGCCCUGCUGUGAUCCAUGCCAGAAGCCUUGCUGUGACCCGUGCCAGACUGUGUGCUGUGAUCCAUGCCAGAAGCCUUGCUGUGACCCGUGCCAGACUGUGUGCUGUGACCCGUGCCAGAAGCCCUGCUGUGAUCCAUGCCAGAAGCCCUGCUGUGACCCGUGCCAAACUGUCUGCUGUGACCCGUGCCAGAAGCCAUGCUGUGACCCGUGCCAGAAGCCCUGCUGUGACCCGUGCAAGACUGUCUGCUGUGAUCCAUGCCAGAAGCCCUGCUGUGACCCGUGCCAAACUGUCUGCUGUGACCCGUGCCAGAAACCUUGCUGUGAUCCAUGCCAGUCCUGCUGUGACCCGUGCCAGAAGCCCUGCUGUGACCCGUGCAAGACUAAGCCUUGCUGUGACCCGUGCCAGUCCUGCUGUGACCCGUGCCAGCAGUCCGUGUGCUGCACCAAGGUGUGCCAGAAGUCGGUGUGCUGCGUGCCCCGGCCCUGCUGCUGCCCCUGUGGGUCUCUGUCCUGCUGCUCGUACGUGGUGAAGAAGCCUGUGGUGGUUUGCUGCACCCCCGUGAGGAGGUGCUGCACCCCCUGCAUCCCCAUCCAGCAGUGCUGCAUCAAGAAGAGCUGCUGA